AUGCCCCUGAUAUACAAGCCGGUUGUUGUUCAACAGCGAAAACAACAGCACCAGCUGCUGCAACCACAACAACGUAAGAGCACCAACGACGGCGAAUUCACUGAUAACAACAACAAUAACAACACCAACAACAACAACAAUAGCAACACCAACAACAACAACAAUAGCAACACCAACAACAAUAGCAACACCAACAACAAUAGCAACACCAACAACAACAACAAUAAUAAUAAUAAUAACAAUAGCAAGGAGAACGACGAUGUUGUUGGUGUAGACAUCGUAAAGUCGUGGGACAGUCAAGCGGAUGGCUGGAUUGAUGAACAUUCCAACUCGUCCAUAUUUGUCCAACAUUUAAAAGAGAAAUUCCAAAAGAAUGCCACACUGAACCCCAAAACGACUACAUCGAAUUUGAAAUUGUCAGCCGUAACAUCAACAACAUCAACACCGUUAUCAUCGUCAGCAACAAGAACUACAACAUCAAAAGCAGCAGCUGUAGUAGCAGCUUCACCAACGACAACAUCAUCAACUUCAAGUACGUAUUUAGACUAUCCAACUUACGAAGAUAUCAAGCUGCCGUCCAUUUACGAGAUCGUCAAAGUCUUUGACAAGCCCUCCUCAAACACCGAUCAAAACAACAUCAACAACAACAUCAACAACAACAUCAACAACAACAUCAACAACAACAUCAACAACAACAUCAACAACAACAUCAACAACAACAUCAACAACAACAACAACAACGACAACGACAACAAAAUUAUUGCACCUAACACAAACCACCUCAACAACAAUCCCUCGCCAACAUUCAACAAACCAGCUCACGGCAGUUUUGAGUUUGAAAGUAAUGCCAACGAGAAAACACUAACAACAACAACAACAUCAACUACAAAAACAUCAAUAACAUCAACGUCAACUACAUCAGCAGGUUUGUCUGGGAUGGAUGAUAAAUUUUGCGUCGCCUUACUUAGCGGCAAAUUCGGCAAACCGCUAAAUUGGAAAACUAACAAAUCAACUAUAAACAUUAACAACAACAACAACAACAAAAACAACAACAACAAAAACAUCAACUUCUGCAAGAAUAGGAAUAAAGAUGAUAGUGUCAUCGACUACUUGUCGGUAUUGAAAAGUAAAAAAGUUGAACCGACCGAUACGAGUAACGUAUCGGUCGAUUAUUUAUCCGUUUUGAAAAACAAUAAUAAUAAUAAUAACAACAAAAACAAAAACAAAGAUGGAGAUGAUUUUAAUGACGGUAAAUUCAAGAUUGAUUAUCUUUCGGUUCUAAGGAACAGCAGUAAAAUUUCAUUGGAUGUUAAUUAUGACGUCAAGAAAAUCGAUACUUCUAAUGACGUCAUCAUCAUCAACAACAACAACAAUAAUAAUAAUAACAAGGAUAAUGACGUCAUUCUAAAAACUGAUUCUCACUCUGUAUUAAAGCUAUACAAAUCAAACAAUGAUAUCAAAAGAAUCUACAACAACAACAACAACAACACUAACAACAAAAACAACAACAAUAAUAAUAAUUUGAGACCCAAUAGUAAUAAUAAUAAUAAUAAUAAUAAGGAUGACGACGACGACGAUGAUGCUAAGGAAGUCAAUCGGUUACAACUCAAGUUCAAAAACAUAAAUCAGCUAGCUCGUAAUGAAGCCAUGACUAACCAGAACAACAAAAAUAACAAUAACAACAACAAUAAUAACAAUAAUAAAAGUAAUAUUAACUAUAACAAUGAUGACAUUAACAAAAAACCUGAAUACAUAAUGGUGUUGGAUAAUUGGAAAAACUGGAUGGCUAAAAAUAGCCUUGGUAGUGAUAAUGAUAACAACAACAGCAACGAUGACGUCACUAAAUCUAAAAAUAGCAACAACAACAGAGAUAACAUCAAUAAUAGGAAAAAUAUGAACAAUGAUAACCAGGAUGAUGACGAUGAUAGUUCUUUACCGUUUUAUAGGACCGUACUUAAAAAAACUAUAUAUUCGGAUAUCGUUUUGAGAGGGAAUGAAGUAUGGGACGACGACGAUGAUGACAUAUUCAGUGAUAACAACAACAGCAACAACAACAAUAACAGCUACAAUAACAACAACAGCAACAACAACAAUAAUUAUAACAUUAACAACAAUUGCAACAUUAAUAAUAAUAAUAAUAAUAAUAAUAAAUUUAAGAUCAAUUCGAAAACUGUUAAUAAUUCGGAUGAAUUUUUAAACUACAUAAGAAGAGGAAGCAUCAGUAAUAAUAACAAUAAUAAUAAUAAUAAUAUUAUUAUUAUUAAUAAUAAAAAUAAUAAUAAUAAUAAUAUUACUAGCAGUAAUAGAUACAGUUGGACAACACAUGUGGGUAGCAAUGCUAGUGCUAACACUACCAAUAAUAAUAAAAUCAAUAAAAAUGAUAAUAAUAAUGAUAUAAAUACUAUUUAUAGUAAUAAUAAUAAUAAUAAUAACAAUGCUGAUGGUGAUAAUAAUGAUGAUGAAGCGCCGUUUUUCAAAUCAAUUCUCAAACAGACGAGGAAUUUCGACCUGCUGGUUAACCAGAACGAAAGUUCAAUUAGCAACAACAGCAAUAAUACUAAUAAUAAUAAAAAAAAUAAUAAUAAAAAUAAUAAUAAAAGUGAUGAUAACGAUGCUGCUAAUAGGGCUGAUUACAGUGGUGAUGCUGGUACCGAUAGUCGUGACGAUGACGUCAUUUCACCGACGUUCAAAUCCGUCGUUGAGAAAUUCGAAGUAGCCAAACAGGGCAGAAGUAGUGAUAAAGUUGCUAAUAAUAAAAAUAUCACCAAUAAUAGUAAUAAUAAUAAAAUAAACAAUAAUAAUAGUAAUAAUAGUAAUAAUAAUAAUAAUAAUAAUAAUAAUAACAUUGAUGGUGACUGCAACGUGGAUCGAGUUUCAGUGAAAAAUUAUUACGAUGUGAUUAGGAGAAAUAAUAAUAACAACAAUAAUAAUAAUAAUGAUAAUAAUAUCAAAAACGCCACAAGAAAUCUCCAGAGACCAGAGAUGACGAUGAAUGAUUCUAUAAAUGGUGGUUCUGGAAAAACCGAGGAACAGAGUACGAAAGCCUGUGUGGAAAACUUGAUCAAAGAGAUUUAUGCCAGUGAAUCAAAUUACGUUAAAAAGCUGGAACUAAUAAACGACAAAUUUAAAGUGUCACUGCUGUCCGGCAAAUAUAUAAGCGAGCAAGAUGCAGCCGCCAUAUUCAUUAACCUUACCGAUAUUCUGGAAUUCCAUAGCUCAUCCUCUAAUGAUACCAUUGGUCGGGUGUUUUCCUCCCAGGGUUCUUAUCUAAUUAUAUAUUCGGAAUUUUUGGCUGGGUUUUCCCAGGCAACUAGUUUCGUUUCUCUAAAGUGUAAGAAAGAUGGUGUCUUUGAUCACAAAUUGAAAAUAAUUCAGAGUGAUCCGCUAUGUGGGAACCUGUCACUUCAGCAUCACAUGCUGGAGCUCGUACAACGAGUGCCGAAGUAUAUACUGCUCAUCAAAGAAGCUCUGAACAAUUUGCUAAAUGUUGCCGAAUGCAAUAAUGCCUCUAUCGGGAAGAAUCGUAAUAAAAUGUCAUUGGUAUGCAGUGGCUGUCACAAGAACAUCCCAAGCAAGUACGUCAGAUGUACCAGUUGCAAUAAGUUCUACUGCAAAGCUUGCUUCAGAUCGCGACCGUCGCAGCCACAACAGCCACACAACAACAACCAAAUCCACAACGGCAAACUUAAAUUCUGUCAAGAUUGUUUGCUCUUCAACGAGAACGUGUCAAAGCGAUUGAAAGACAGAAGUUUAAAAGUGACGGAGGGAAAGUUGAUGAUGAAGAAAUCUAAAAAUAGCCAGUGGGAGGAGCUAUGGUUCGCCAUUGAUUCUUGUGGAAAGUUCUACUCAGCUGUUAAUGUUGGUCCAAAUGCUGAUGAUGAAGUAGGGUUCAGCAAGAUCGACGUGAUCUCAUUGGACGGGGCAUAUUUGAAACAAGCCAAUCAGAUAUCGUAUAAUCAGCACCGGGCCCUCAACAAUAAAAUGAACAACAGCAAUAAUGGUACCAACAACAAUAAUGAUGGUCAAAACAUCUUUGCUCUAUCGUGGAAGCAGACGAAGAAAACCAUCUACUUCAGAGCACAAUCAAAGGAGGAGUAUGACGAAUGGUUAAGAGGACUGGAGACGAUAUUGAACGUUACACCCUCACUAUCUCUCAACAACAGCAUCAAAUACAACAACAACAACAAUAAUAAUAAUAACAAUAAUAACACUUACAUUAACUUAGUUGACAGUGAAACUUGA